AUGCACACUUCAAUGUGGAAACAUUUGACCAGAAAGCUGGCUUCUCGUGUUCAUCAUCGUCGAUUCCACCGAUCGAAAAGCAGGAUUCAGUCGCAGUGCUCCCUUGACAGCCUUUACGAGCCGUCAAUUCGCAGUGACGUUGCUUUCUACUUCUCGCCUUAUGAGGUCACACGACGCUACCUUGAAAACAAAGCAUCCACAUCUUCGCCAAACAUUACUUGGCGUCCCUUCUUCGACUGGCCAGGCCACCGCUGCCAUGAAUUACCCAUGAUGGCCAUUCAACGUCGUUAUCCAGCCCGCUUUUGGGAGUUGCACAUUCCAAAACUUCCCUGGCCGAUAGAAUUUCUUCUUCCAAUGACGCGCCUUGCAUUUCCCACAGCCAAUCUGGUAGACACUUUGGAUGUGGGCGAUGCGGUUAAGGUAACAAAGAUUGUCGAAAGCGGCGUGAUCAACCUUUUUCUGGUGGGAGCGAGGGGACUGCGGUCAAUGCCGCAGGUGGAGAUGACUCCUGCAUGUGUGAUGGAUGAGAAGGGUGUCGGUGGUGGAGGUGGAGUUGGAGUUGGUAUCGGAAGUGGGAGUGGGAGUGCUGUAGCAGGCACUCCAAUGGGUGGAGGUGAGUUCCAAGGCGCACAAGUAGGGAUGGUUGGAUCCAACACCAUGGCAACUUCUCCUGAAACCCGCGCGGCUUCACUAGUGGCCCUACAUUGGGCCGCCAAAUCUCUCACUUUGCAACCUUCUCCGCAAGUCGAAUUCGCCUAUGGGAACGAAAAAAAGUCAUCUAGCGUCGUGAAAAACAACAGUAAUCCUGACUUUCUUGAGGAAUUUGAAUUCCAACUUACUAAUGGCUCCCCUGGAUACAUCAGGGUAACUGUGUACGACAGAGAAACUCAAGCAGGAACUGGAGGCAUCCCAAGAAGCUCAGUCCUGGGAGAGAUUGUCAUCGACUUGACCGACAUGCCACUUGAGUUGACGCAAAAAAUGGAAUUGCAGUUGCUAAAAAAUUCCAACGAGGCCCGAAUUCUGAUGUUUGUAACAAUAACCGGACUGACCACUGCUGCCAGGAGUCCCUUGCAGGCCAGGGAUCGCUUUUCUUCCUAUCUCGCGCGUUCAUCCCUAAGUCUUAGCAUGUACGACCUCGGGAGCGAGACAAGGAGAAGUCCAGGUGAGCGUGACGAGAAGCCCCUACAUCCCAAUCUCCCCGUCAAUUAUCUUCAGCUGGUGGCUGAACAUUUUAGUGCAAAAAACUCCUUUAAAAACCCUCAGGAUAUCGGAUGGAUGCGAUUGAAAAUCUGCAGUGCAAUGGGUCUUGGCGGCAAAUCUACGAACGGCCGAAGUGAAAUCUUCUGUGUUGUUGACAUGAUCAACACCCAUCUCAGGACACAGAAUGUGAUGAAACGGAAAAAUCCCACAUGGAAUCGGUGUUUCGUGAUUCCUUUAUCAGACAUUCAUGCCAUUAUGAGGAUAACGGUAAUCGAAAUCGAGAAGAAUAAGGCGGAAGUCAUCGGCGGUCUCGCGAUUCAUCCCCUCCGUGUAGACAAUGGAGGCAGCAAGUGGUACGCGCUAAAGGCACCAGACCUCUGGGGUCCAACAAAAGGCUCAAUUUUGCUGGAGAUAAAUGUUUACUUCAAUCAGGUGAGCUACUGUACGACACACAAUAAGUGUUUCAGCAUUUUUCACCCUUUAGAGCCCCAAUAA